GAAUUUCCUCCCCGCCCUCUACGUCUCUCCUCACUCCGGCGCGCGUUUCUGCUACCCUAUUGGACCAGGCGCGACACGUGACCAAUGAACCUUGUUGACCCCUCGGCUCCGCCGGGCAGCGACGCCAUGAGUGAGCGCACUGCAUCUCGCUCCCACGUGUGUUGCCUUUAGCAAGGCGGCCUCGGAUGCAGCGCAAUGCCGACCUGCUGUGCCGUUGGCUGCUCCAGCAGCAUUGCAAAAGGCGACAAGCUUUUUGCGGUUCCACGAGGGAAAAAUAAUGAGGAGCGGAGAGCGGUAUGGCUGCAUCGCAUCGCCAGGAAAAACUUCGAUUGUCACCGAGGGAGGCUUUGCGAGAAACACUUCACGAUGGAUCAGUAUGAGCCAGCAAUUCUGGCACAAACUGGGAUCAAGAAACUCAAGCCAAAUGCGGUUCCUUCUAUAUUUGCGCAUCGGCCUCUUCCGAAAGAGCGCAAGCCACCCCGCAAAAGGGGGAAUGAAACGGUUCCUGCUGCCUCCUCGGACAACACAGCAACGUCAAUAGACCGCGACCCUGAACCAGUGGGCAGCCCAUUUUGUGAGUUAACUGCACUGUGAUGGCAAAUGUUCACGCCUCUA